UCAUGCAAAAUUUGUGAUUUUCCGUCUCAUGGAAUGCAUUUUGGGGUCAUGACUUGCAGACCGUGUGCUGCGUUUUUCAGAAGAUUCGUGGUGCUCAAGCUGAACUACGCAUGUUUACAAGACAGGGAGAGAUGUAGUUUGAAUAAAAUUCGAAGAAGUUCCUGUCGUCACUGUCGAUUCCAAAAAUGCCUUCAGAUGGGAAUGAGCAAUACUGCACUAAAUCUUUCCAAAAAACAAGACCCAAAAAUUGAGCCGGAGAUGAUCAUUCAAUGCCAGGCUGAGCCGAGUACUAGUCUAAUGCCGGUUAUAAAACUCGAGGUAAACAGAUUCCUGAUAACUUUUGAAAGUUAUAUCUUUGAGGAUCAACUCUACACAAAAUCCAUUCUCUCCGAAAUCCGUUAUGACAAUCUUUGGAAGGAUAUGAAUGAGAUUUUCUCCUCGGGAAUCCCAUCCACAAAACACGGACAUUUCGCAACAUUAAGCCCUUUGUAUAGAUUUGUGGAAGGUCUUAAGCUCGUUCGGAAACCCCAGCAAACCGAGAGAAUUAAAUUUGAGAAUCGUCUCUCUAUGAAUACUCUAGUCCCCCACUGGAGAGCUCAAGCUAGACACACCGCCAUCCUUUCAAUGCAUUCUAUGGCAUUUCGUAAUAUUAAAUCCAUGGCUGACAAGACAAUGAUUUAUAAAGCAGUUUGGAGGAAUAUCUAUCGAUUUGAACGUAUUCAAAUGUCAACUGAAAUCUUCGGAGGAAAAUGUGUAAGCGAGAAGAAACUUGCAAUUUCCUGUGAGAAGGCUAUCCAGCUGGACGCGUUGUUCUUUGAUCUUGAAGGAGUUGCCCAGGAGAAAGUUAAACUUUCGUUACAGGACUACAAAGCGUUUGCCGAAAGGUGUGUGGAAGAAGUCGCCAAGCCGUUGAACGAGCUAUGUCCAUCAAUUGAGGAAGUCGCAUUUUUGAUAUUGAACUUCGUUUUGCAUAAUGAAGACACAAUCAAAGGAGAAGCGUUGGAAGUCUGCGAUGAGUUCCGCGACAACAUCGCUGACGAUCUUCACAAAUACUAUCAAGACAACGAGAUUGUCAAUUAUGCUCAACGAGUCGCCAAAAUGAUGAGCAUUAUUAUUGCAAUGAAGAAAAUCCACUAUGAAGACUUGGGAGGUGGAUUCAUUGUGAACACAAGAAAUUCCGAGAAU